GACCAAACCUACAAGUCCCUUCCUAUGAUCAUGACAUGAACCCCUUCGUCCCACCAACUCUUGACAACCUUGUCAACUGGUCAACUGUCAUGAAUGGGCAAGAGCUUGUCACAAUGAGUGAGGUUUUGAAUAUCGACAACAUGGACGAGUUUGAAGUGGACGACGUGGGUGACCAUGGCAUUCAGAAGUUGAAGGAGAAAGCAAAGCGCAGAAAGGGAAGAGGCUUUGUAUCAGAUAGUGCAACCAAAGAUGAUGUUCGAGAGUAUGAAGGAAUGCAGAUUGAUGGAGAUGAUGACACUCCAGGCCCUCAGAGAUCUCAUGUAUUGAAAAGCAAUCAAGGUUAUGCUCUUGUGGAGUAUGAAACAUUCAAAGAAGCUCAAGCUGCCAAGGAUGGCUUGAAUGGAACAAAACUACUUGACCAGACCAUUAAAGUAGAUUGGUGCUUUGUCAAAGGGCCCAGGAAAAUCUUGUGCAAUUCAGUCCCAAGGAUCAAAAUGUCGAGGGAGGAUCUGAUCAAAGAGGUGGAUAGUGACCUGGUUUCCUUAUAUGAGAUUUGCCAGCAACAGGGUUGUACUGGGCCGCAACUGGCAGAGAUCUCUCGGGUCCUCCUCGAGGCUGUCCGAGGGCGGAAGCAGAGAUGCUGGGAGAAAAAGAGCAACUUUCGCCUGUCUGUCAUUGGAUGUUUUCUUGCAGUGCUCAUGGCACUGAUAUUUGCCAGUGGAACUGGUCAGGACCAUGGACUGGCAGUCCUUCGUCUGUCAAUGAUCAAGAUUCGGAGCUGGUUCGACUGGACAGAAUGGUACCAUUCAAAUUGCUUGCUACCAAACCCUGACUACAUACCAAGAGGACUGGAGAUGUCUGACUGCAUGGCAUGUGAAGCAUCAAUCUGGGUGGAAGAGGUGGAUCUUGAGGAAGCAUCUCCUCUAUUGCUUGCUGCUCACCUGGAUCAUGAUCUCCCAUUAGUGGUCAGAGGGGGAGCCCUUUCCUGGCCUCCAUUGCAAGAUCCCACCUACUUCUCUAUUUCCAACAUCUCUCAUCUGUAUGCAGAUGUGGACCUGAUGUAUGUGUGCAAGAUGAGCAGCAGUGCUCGUCUGCAUGAUGGUCUGGACCUCCAGCGGUUCCUCUCCCGCCUUGCAAGGGGUUAUGGCCCACCACAUUGGUUUCUGCAAUGGCAGAACUGCGAUGUGCUUGAAACCAAGCUUCUCCGGAAACUCUACUCGCACCCAGGCUUCCUGCCCCUUGCACUGGAUUUAUCUGGUCGCAACUGGGUCCUUGCCUCCUAUAAUUAUCCUGUUGUCUUCGCAAGAGAGCUGGAUGACCCAUAUCCAGUGCUGCUGGUGGGUCAGGCAAAGGGAGCUAUGGAUCUGAGUCUUAUACCCAGGGAUCCCUGUGACCAACUCUGCACUCCUCUGCGCUUAGUGCUGGAAGAGGGAGACUUGUUAUGGAACGGUAUCGUAAACCGGGGCGGCGGCGGCGGCGGCGCCCUCGCCGGCCAGAGCAUCAACCUCACCGCCGGCGGCGUCACCCUCAAGCCCACCGAGCUCGGCCUGCCCCGCAGCGGCGCCCUCCAGGAAGUCGGCUCCCAAGCGGUCUGGAGCCUCAGCAGCUGCAAGAGCGGCUUCGGCGUCGACCAACUCCGCGACGGCUGCCUCGACACCUACUGGCAGUCCGACGGCCCCCAGCCCCACCUCAUCAACGUCCAGUUCCACCGCAAGAUGACCGUCGCCGACGUCUGCCUCUACCUGGACUACAAGGCCGACGAGAGCUACACGCCCAGCCGCAUCUCCGUCCGGGCGGGCACCCAUUUUAACGAUCUUCAGGAGGUGGAGGUGGUGGACCUGAACGAGCCGUCGGGCUGGAUCGUGAUCACCCUCGGGGACGUGUUCAAGCGGCCCAUCCAGACGUUCAUGGUGCAGAUCGCGGUGCUGGGGAACCACUCGAACGGGAGGGACACGCACAUCCGGCAGGUGAUGAUCCACUCGCCGGCGGAGAACUUCCCGUGCACCGUGGGGAACCUGGGGCACUUCACGACCGUCGACUUCCUGCAGCAUUGCUUCCUGCGGUGACGAGGACCUCGAACUUCGUCUUUCGGGUGAAUGGGUGCGACGAGUGGAGGUCGGUGCGGUGAGAAGUGCGACCUCGAGAACGGGUGGGCUCGACUUUCUGGAGAAUGGAGCCAAUAUGCAAAUACAAUGACCGUGUCGUAACCCUUGAUGGAACUCUUUUCGCCCGGUUCCUCGCCACCAAGUGCGAGUGGCAUCGGUUGCAG